AUGUCAACAGCUCACGGCUGCACUUCCAACAACUCCCCUAUCCUCAGAUUUAAGUUGGAUGACAGAUCUCGUGAUGUGCUAGUAACAAAAUUGCCUUCUGGACUGCACGGACUUAGAGUUGAUGGUUUCAACCCCAUAAGCUCCCUGCUUGAGGAAAUGGUGAGGAUGGGCGUAACUUCCACAAAUUUAGAAGAAAUUGAAAUAAAAAACUGUGCUUCACUUAUGUCCUUUCCACUACAGUUGUUCUCCAAGUUGAAGAGUUUUCAAAUAAGUGAAUGUCCGAACCUUGAAUCCCUUGUUGCAUAUGAGACUAUUCAUGAGAAUUUCACUUCUCACAAUUUUUUGAAAGUUUCAAUUUGUCCAGAUUUGACACUGCUUCGUUUAUGGAAUUGCUCAAAUGUGAAGUCUCUGGCCGAAUGUAUGCACUCCCUCCUCCCUUCACUUGAGAUUUUGCAACUUGUUAACUGUCCAGAACUUGUGUCAUUCCCAGAAGUGGGUUUGCCUGCCAAAGUACAUUUUGGUGAGUAUGAAGAUAUGGAAUCCUUUCCUGAGAAGAUAAAGUUGUCCUCCACUCUUAUCACUCUUGGUAUCUGGGAUCUUCAAAAUCUGAAAUCUCUAGACUACGAGGGUCUUCAACACCUCACCUCUCUUACACAAUUGAGAUUCUCCCAUUGUCCCAAUCUCCAAUCCAUGCCAGAAGAAGGGCUGCCAUCUUCACUUUCUUCUUUAAUAAUCUCUCAAUGCCCUUUGCUGGAACGAAGACACUCCUCAUCUACACCCCUGGAUCUCAGAAUUGCCAGUUUGAUAUUUUGCUCUAAAAGAUGGUUGGACUUGGAUUUGGUUGUGCUCGUGAAUCUGAAGCUUUUCGCUUCUAGACGGUUGGUGAAAGCUUCAUCUUGA